AUGGAUAAAGUAGACGGAAAUCAUAAUAUAAGAUCCAUCACGGAACACAAAGCAGCCACGAACGCUAAUUAUCGCGCAGCCGACGUUGGAGAGGUGGGCGCGAUGACGAGAUUAAUCGAAUUUCUCGCCACGGUAGGAUCGUUCCUUCUGAUAAUGAUUACGCUGCCGUUCUCCCUCUGCUGUUUGUUCAAAGUCGUGCAAGAGUACGAGAGGGCUGUCGUUUUCCGGAUGGGUCGCUUGAAAGGCGGACCUCGUGGCCCAGGCACUUUCGUCGUGAUGCCGUGUGUCGACUCCUGCGUGCGCGUCGAUCUCAGGACGGUGUCCUUCGACGUGCCGCCGCAAGAGGUGCUCACCAAGGAUUCCGUCACCGUGAGCGUCGACGCAGUCGUCUAUUACCGCAUCAAGGAGCCUUUAAACGCCGUGAUUAAAAUUGCAAAUUACAGCCAUUCGACGCGGUUACUGGCCGCGAGUACGCUGCGAACGGUCCUUGGCACGAGGAAUCUCGCCGAGAUCCUGUCGGAGCGGGAGACCAUUUCCCACACCAUGCAGACCGCCCUGGACGAGGCAACGGAUCCUUGGGGAGUCAAAGUCGAGCGGGUUGAGAUAAAGGAUGUCCGACUUCCGGUACAGCUCCAACGAGCCAUGGCCACGGAGGCGGAAGCUGCGAGGGAGGCGAGGGCCAAAGUGAUUGCGGCGGAAGGAGAAAUGCGAGCUUCCCAUUCCCUGAAAGAGGCCGGCGACGUCAUUUCCACGAGUCACGCCGCCCUGCAGCUGCGAUACCUGCAAACCCUAAACAAUGUAUGCGGCGAGAAGAACUCAACGAUCAUAUUCCCGUUGCCGGUUGAAUUCCUGGCGCCUCUACUCGCCCCUAGCUCGCACGGCAAUCAGGAAACUACGCGGCCGACACUCUCAUAGGGGCGAAGGGUAAACAUUAAAAAUCGCGAUAACGGUUUCACGACUGAUUCGUAUAAACUGAGGCGAUUGUAACUGCGAUCGCUGCACGCGCGAGAAAGAGACGCGCGAUGUGUGUGUGUGUGUGUUGUUGCAUCGUUGCUUGCAAACAAUUACGCGAUGGGACGGUGAGAGACGAAGAUAUAAAAUAAAAAUCGAAUAACACACAGUGUAUAAGUAUUUCGCUAAUUUAAUUAGA